GGGCGCGCCCGGCCCUGGGCCGGCGGAUCCGGUGUCGGCUGCAGCUGGCAGUGCGGCUGGCGGGCGCGGGCGGCCCGUGGGGCCGACUAUUAAUACCGCGGCCGCCCAGGCCGGGUAGCGCAGCCAUGGCCAGCCCGGAGCCCCGGCGCGGCGGGGACGGCUCCGCCCAGGCCGCGAGGGAAACAAGACCAGAGGUCAUGUCUCCUCUUCAAGAGGAGAAUUCUGCAUCCCUGUAUGAGCUGGGGACCUGGAACCCAGAAGUUACUCUGUCUUUGGAGGGGACCUUGAACUUAGAGGACAUUCUCUACCUGGGGGACACAGGUGACCUUGAUGAGGCUCUGUACGUGGAAGAAACUGAACCGCAGGAGGAGACGCUGCACAUUGAGGAAACCAGGACGCCGGAUGAGGCCCUGUACCUGGAGGAGCCAGUGAGGCUGGAGGAGGCUUUAUAUGUGGAAGAGCCGGUGAAGCCGGAGGGGGUGUUAAAUGUGGAAGAGCCCGUGAAGACGGCAAGCCCAGAGCAGAUCGUUUACGGGGGAGACACGGUCCUGAGCGAGGAGAAGUCUAACCCCAAGGAGAGCCUCCGAGCCGGGCCGAGUCCCAGCACAGAGGGGAGCCUGAGCAUAGAGGACCUGGAAUUGCUGGAGGGGCGUUUCCAGCAGUGCAUUGAAGCCGUGGCCCAGCUGGAAGAGGAAAGGGAUCAGCUCAUCCAUGAGCUUGUGUUGCUCCGGGAGCCCGCCCUGCAGGAGGUGCAGCAGGUCCACCGGGAUAUCCUGGCCGCCUACAAACUGCAUGCCCAGGCAGAGCUCGAGAGGGAUGGGCUGAGGGAGGAGAUCCGACUGGUCAAGCAGAAGUUGUUCAAGGUGACCAAGGAGUGCGUGGCCUACCAGUACCAGCUGGAGUGCCGCCGGCAGGACGUGGCCCAGUUUGCCGAUUUCCGGGAAGCGCUGACCACCCGGGCGGCCCAGCUCUCAGAGGAGCUAAUCCAGCUCCGGGAGGCCUAUCAGAAGCAGGAGGAGCAGUUACGGCAACAGCUCGAAGCACCUCCCAGUCAGAGGGAUGGGCAUUUUCUCCAGGAGAGCCGGCGGCUCUCUGCCCGGUUCGAGAGCCUCAUGGCAGAGAGCCGCCAGGGCCUGGAAGAGGAGUACGAGCCUCAGCUGCUGCGGCUCCUAGAGAGGAAAGAAGCUGCGGCCAAAGCUCUGCAGAAAACCCAGGCCGAGAUCCAGGAGAUGAAGGAGGCCCUGAGACCACUGCAGACACAAGCCCAGCAGCUCCACCUGCAAAACAGGAACCUGGAGGACCAGAUCACCCUUGUGAGGCAAAAACGGGACGAGGAGGUGCAGCAGUACCGGGAACAGCUGGAAGAAAUGGAAGAACGACAGAGGCAGCUAAGAAGCGGGGUGCAACUCCAGCAACAGAAGAACAAAGAGAUGGAGCAGCUAAGAGUCAGCCUUGCUGAAGAGCUCGCAACUUACAAGGCUAUGCUACCUAAGAGCCUAGAACAGGCUAAUGCUCCCACUUCUGAGGCAGGUGGAAUCGAGACACAGUCUCAAGGGGCUGUUUAGAAACAUACUGCCGAAUCUGUAACCAAGAAACAAAAAAAACUUCUUAGCAAAGGAUCACUAAGUACCCUCUGGACAUACUUUUUUCUAAACAGAGAAGGGUGUGUCAUGGAUUUGGCAAGCAGUUCUCUCUGGGAAAGUUACAAAUACUGGCUGACCUGUUUAAAAAGAUUCUAGGGCUGGCUGGAGGCAGAAUACUGUCAGUCCACUCUUAGCUGUAUUCUAUUUCAUACGUUAUUGGUACUGAUCUCAGUGCACUGAGGAACAGAAAAAUGAGUCUCCUGUCAGCCAUCAGCAACCUUCCACAGGCACACGGAGUAAAGGAUGAAUGUGUGGACACACUCUAGUAUUGUGAAAAACGUAGCUUGCCUUGUGUUGACCCAAACCAGAAAGUUUUUCGGGAACACAGGUGAAGUAAAAAAGGCACCCUAUUUUCAUUACAGUUGACUCUUGAACAAUGUGGGGCUUAAUCUGCACAUAACUUAGUUGGCCCUCUGUAUCAAAGAUUCCUUCACCUCUAUGGAUUCUGUUAUUUACUAUUGAAGAAUAUCUGUGUUAAGUGGACCUGUGCACUUCAAACCCAUGUUGUUCAAGGGUAAACCGUAUAUGGUUUACAAUCUGGAUCCUUUUGUGCUGUGUUAUACUUUAACUGAAUUCCUUUACAAAGUUUUUAAAUCUAUGCUGAUUCAUGUAGGUUUACUCUUGUGUCAAGGUAUUUUCACUAUACUCUAGAAGAACUACUCACUUAAAAACAAACAAAAAAAAACCAAUCCAGCUUUCCCAAAAUAUCUUACCUUAUGAAAAUGAUUUUGGGUGAGAGUGAUCUAUUCAGUUAGACUGGGUGUUUGGCAAAGAACCAAGCAUUUUAUCUGGUUACGGUACUUGGCUUUCAAGAGCCUACUUUUUUAAUCUUUAAGUACAGGCCCCAGUGAAAUACACUGAGGAGAUUCAACCUCUAUGAGAAAAGGUCAAACACCUUUUCAAAAUUUAAAUUCUGCCUUAAAUUCUCUCUGCCACACUGCCUCUAACAUUCUUGAAAGUUCAUGUGGUUCUCUAGAGAUAAGAUUUCAAAGGAUGUUAUUUUUACCAAAGCCUCAUCUGUACACCUGAUGCAGGGUUUUAGUCUUUUGCUUCCCUGGGGAAGGGGUAAAGCUCUUUUCUAUACCUCUGGGUCUACUAUAUUUAAUUCUGCUCUUGGUAGUCAAAGACCACAGAAAAUAACUGUCAUCUGAACAACUCUUCUCAAAGCCAGAGACUGGUGUUUGACGAAUGUUGUACACUAAAUAAAACCCAUCAGCUUGGGGUUAUGUAGAAAAGCAAUUUAUUCCAUUAUAAGCACUUACACAGUUAGUCAAGGAGAGUAACAGGCCUGCUGGUGAAACAGGUCACCCAAAAUAGAGAUGGUAUCAAACUAGUGGUCAAGGACUAACUCCUUAAAAAAAAAAAAAAAGCAACUCUUAUCCAGGAUUAAUUUAAUUUUAAAAACAAAUACAAGCUAUUGAUUCACUCUU